AGACAGCUGGGUUCGACUUCACCAUUUUCCCUCUCCAUGAGUUUUGACGCCAUCAUCGCGGUCGGAUGCGCAUUCCUAUCGCCGUGCAGCUUGGGCUGCUAGUCCUGUUGACUACCGUUGUCGGGAUUGUCGUCCUUGCUAUUGCAACGUGGACCACGACCUACGAAUUCGUCGUGAAUGUCGGAACCCAGAGCCUCGAGCUUGUCGCGACCAUCAAAGCCAGCCAGAUCGCCUCUAGUUUAGACCUCCUCGAAGUGACCAGCAAGACCAUAUCCACGCGAAUCUUAGUCCAGGCAGCCCUUCUCCAGUAUUAUGCUGGAAACACCUCCACGAGCAAUUGGGUGACGUCCAUAACCGACGUACAGUCGGCACUGGGAACCCGAGGGUACCUUAGUCUUUACCAGGCAGUUCUCUACUCAAGGAGUGGGCAGGUGGAUAAUGAGAGGCUACUCAGUGUGACCAGUGAAACGGUGCCAGAUAUUACACUUCCUUAUACCUAUGCCAAUGGAAGUCAGGUAAAAUUGGGAUCGGAUAGCUUGGGGUACCCCCCGGAGCUGUAUCCCAAUCUCACAUACACGAACUCACCCGGCGGCAACAGCUCAACCACCGUGCAUGCCUUUCCUGACUAUCCGCUGGGACUGAAAUCCGCCUUGCUUCUCGGUCCCUUGAGAAUCAACGAUUCAUUCUCGCUCAUUUCCUUGACGCUGCCCAUUGUCAACAACAUGUCGGAGACGGAUCUACUUGGGUUCAUGACCAUUGUCGCCAGUGCAGCAGCUUUUCAAAGCGUUGUUAGCUCUAGGGAUGGUCUGGGGAACACGGGACAGGUUCUCCUGAUCGGGCCUUCUCGACCUGAGAACACAUUCGCAGCAAAGUCCCAGCCUGCGACAGCUACAUAUCCACCUGAUGCCGCAGCUCUUGCCGAUGCACGGGUUCAUUAUGUGUUUGAGCCCACACCCCUGCCAGGACAAACCAGUCGGCAUCGUGGCGUCUCGACUGACACUUCGUGGGAGCUUUCGCAGUAUCCAAUGGCGCUGAAGCUGAUGCUCGAACCCUAUGAAACCGAGAACCAUUCCAUUAGUAAGCUUUCUACCUGGAAUGAAAAGGGAUAUAGUGUUGCCGUGGGCGCGAUUCGCCUUCAGAGCUCUCUGGUUGAAUGGAUUCUUAUCGUGGAAGAGACUCAUGCGGAGGCGUUCAGUCCAGUAGCUCGCCUCCGGAAAAUUAUUCUUGCCUGUGUGUUUGGAACAGCAGGACUGAUAAUUUUCAUGGUGCCUAUAUUGACGCAUUGGGCUGUUGCUCCGAUUCGGAGACUACGAGCGGCGGCCCAGAAGUCCGUGACAACAGGGCUCUCUUUUCAGUUUCCCCAGUCUGAGAGACGGGAUUCUCAUACUACCGACGAUGUCGGAGGCACCUUGGAGACGAUGGAGGAGCAAGUCAAUGAAAAGGGCCGACCUGCCAUGUGGGCGAAGCGUUUCCGGGCCCCACUUGAAAGACUCAACAGCUCAGCCAACAUGCGGAACCGAAGUCCUCGUCGGUUCCAGAUCCCGGGAAGGGUUAAGGAGCAAAAUCACUGCGUGACGGAUGAACUGACAGAGCUUACAAAAACCUUCAAUGAAAUGUCGGACGAGCUGACGAUCCAAUAUACACGAUUGGAGGAACGAGUCGCGGAGCGAACGCGGGAGCUUGAGAAAGCAAAAUUGGCCGCUGAAACUGCCAAUGAAAGCAAGACCUUGUUCAUUGCUAACAUCUCACAUGAGCUCAAGACGCCAUUGAAUGGCAUUCUCGGCAUGUGUGCGGUAUGCAUGGGCGAGGACGACCUUUCCCGCAUCAAGAAAUCGCUCCAAGUCGUCUACCAAUCAGGCGAUCUCCUUCUUCAUCUUCUCAAUGACCUGUUGACGUUCAGCAAGAACCAAAUCGAACAAGCCAUUCAGCUCGAGGAAAAAGAGUUCAAAAUUUCGGAUAUCCGAUCCCAGCUGGCGAUCAUCUUUCAAAACCAGGUCCAUGAGAAAAACAUCGAGUUCAGCGUUACCUGUGUAUCCGCGGAAAGUUCUCAAACUGUCAAAUCCACCUCGUGUUUGGAGGAAGGCGUUGAACGAAUAGUUUCGGCUUCUUGCCAGGAGGCCGUAAAUCUCAUGAACAUGGUGCUCUGGGGAGACCAGCACCGGAUUCUUCAAGUCCUCAUCAAUUUGGUCAGCAACAGCCUCAAGUUUACCCCGGAGAAUGGAAGGGUUCAGGUUCGUAUUCGUUGCGUGGAGGAUGAUUCUGGCUCCGGAGGCCCUGUGACUGGAAGACGGUCCUCGCGAUUCCAGGCACCUAACCGGCCCAACACGCAGAGUUCUAUUGCAACCCAUGAAGAGCCCAGGCAGAGCUUCUCAGAUGGAAGGCAGCCUGCGACGGGAGCUAUGCCGUCACUGCUAUUUUACUUCGAGGUGGAGGACAACGGGCCCGGUGUCCCUGCUCACUUGCAUCGGCGUAUCUUCGAUCCCUUUGUACAGGGAGACCUGGGAUUGAAUCGCAAAUAUGGAGGAACAGGUCUGGGUCUGAGUAUUUGCGCUCAGUUGUCUCGAAUUAUGGGUGGCGCCAUUGUCCUGGACAGCGAAGAGGGCAGAGGUUCCAUUUUUACGUUGCGGAUUCCGUUAAGGUUCGUUAAGGAGGUGGCCCCGAGUACCCAUAUUUCUAGCUCGCCUGGAUCGAGAACCCCGAGUGUUUUAUCCUUGGAGGAUCUUUCUCAUGCUGCAAAGACACCGUCGAAUCAUGGGUCGUUGAGGAAUGAACCGGUUGCACCUGGUUUUGAAAAGUCGGAUAUUCAACCGCGACUAGUUGGCCUGAGUCAGCCAUUUUUCACGCCGACGAUUCCUUCAUCACCUUCAUCAUCUCCGUCAAAAAACGCCACUCCAAGCAAUGGUCAGCCAGCGGAUGACGUCCCAAAGAAGAUACGCGUCUUGGUGGCUGAGGACAACACGGUCAACCAGGAAGUGGUCCGACGAAUGCUUGCUCUUGAAGAAGUCUACGAUGUGACAAUGGUCAAGGACGGUCAAGAAGCAUACGACACGGUCAAGUCCAACAUGGAGAAGGGUCGAGUCUUUGAUCUCAUCUUUAUGGAUAUCCAGAUGCCAAAUCUUGACGGCCUUCAAAGCACACGACUUAUUCGGGAGAUGGGGUACUCUGCACCGAUAGUCGCGCUAAGUGCCUUUGCAGAAGAGAGCAAUAUCAAGGACUGCAUGGACUCCGGAAUGGACAUGUUUAUCAGCAAACCAAUUCGGCGCCCUGCUUUGAAGCAAGUGCUCAACAAAUUUGCGACUAUCCCCGAAGAAGGCGAGACUGGGUCGUGCGAAUAG